UCAAUGGUUACUUGGAUAAUCAUCUAUAAAUGUUUGGUACAUGUUUAAAUUUUUAAUUAAGCUUCUCAAGUACAUGUCAGUUUGAACCUAAUUACUUCUGUUUACAGUUUUAGAGCUUUUUAUGGUGUUUCAUGGGAAAAAAAUCAACUUUCGUUUAAAAGGAGAUGAUUAGAAUAUGUUUUAAAAAAUCAAUUUGGAUGGUUAUUAUUACUUUAGUAAUUCCAUAGAUAUUGUGGAAGGAUAUUCCAAAGGAUCAGAUAGAGUGGUGUGAGAGAGUGUGAGGUUCAGGAUGGAGAAGUAUGAGAACCAGGGGCUGGUCGGGGAGGGCAGCUAUGGUAUGGUGCUCAAAUGUCGCCACAAAGAUACUGGACAACUUGUUGCCAUAAAAAAGUUCCUGGAGAGUGAGGAUGAUAAGAUGGUGAAAAAAAUCGCUCUUAGAGAAGUCCGGAUGCUCAAGCAACUACGGCAUGAUAAUCUGGUGAACUUGUUGGAAGUGUUUCGGAGAAAGAAGAGACUAUAUCUGGUAUUUGAGUUUGUUGACCACACUGUACUGGAUGAGCUAGAGAAAUGUCCUAAUGGUCUUGAUGAAACAACAUGUAGAAAGAUACUCUGGCAGGUACUCAAAGGAAUAGAGUUCUGUCACGCAAACCAUAUAAUUCACAGAGACAUCAAGCCAGAGAAUAUUUUGGUCAGUAAGAAUGGUGUUGUGAAACUGUGUGACUUUGGUUUUGCUCGCACUCUGGCACAGCCUGGAGAGAUUUACACAGACUACGUAGCAACACGUUGGUAUAGAGCUCCAGAAUUACUUGUUGGAGAUACUAAAUAUGGAAAGGCUGUAGAUAUAUGGGCAGUAGGCUGUCUGUUGGUGGAGAUGUUGACAGGGGAACCAUUGUUUCCCGGGGACUCAGACAUUGAUCAGCUUUACCAUAUUGUCAAAGUAUUUGGUAAUUUAACGGCUCGCCACAAAGAAGUGUUCAUGAGAAAUCCAUUAUUUGUUGGUAUGCGUCUACCUGAAGUAAGAGAAGUCACUCCCAUUGAAAAGAAAUUUACCAGAAUGUCAAACUUUUCUUUAGCUCUUAUAAAGGAUUGUUUGAAAUUAGAUCCAGAUGAUCGUCCUACAUGUUCACAACUUCUUAAACAUGAGUUUUUCACAAGGGACGGAUUUGCUCAAAAGUUUGCACAUGACUUGAAAGCUAGAUUGACCAAAGAGCAAGAGAAAAAUGCAUUGUUAAACUCUAUAGUUCAUGAUGAUGAUAAGGAAGGGGCUGACAGUAAUAAAACUACAACAAAGAAAAAGAAAAAACUUCCCUUAGUGAAAAAGGAUUCUAAAGCAGAUACAGACCAUAAUAAGAGUCUUAGUAAGGAUGGCAAUAAACCUAACAGUAAAGAUGAGUCAAAGAAUAGUUCAGAAGACAAAUCAAAGCGGAAGUUGGCAGAUCCACCAGAUAAAGGUGGAAGCAAGAAGACUCCACCCACAACAACUGUCACUCCAAAUAAAGACAAUCAGUCACAUUCUGAUGCUAAAAAUAAAACACAGACUAAUAACACGCUGCUUGAUAAUUCACAUGAUAAAGGUCACAAAACUCAGGAAAAAUCAGAAAAAAGUGAUAAACAGGAAAAAGUAGAUGUUAAAGUUUUCAAAGCACAUAAGGCAGAUUUAAAACAAGAGAAACAUGAAAAGACAGAACAAAAAAAUAAGCAGGACAGAGACUCUGGGGAAAAGACUGACAAAGACCACAAAGUGGAAAAGGAAAAAAUUAAAACUGAAAAACUAGAGAGGGAUAGAGAAAAAGACACAGAAUCUCGCUGUGACAGUAAAUUAGAAAACAGUAUUGAUCGGGUAGAAAGAGCUAAGGGUACAGAGUCUAAAACUGAGCAUAGUAAAGAAAAGGGGGAUAUUAAAUAUGAGAAAGAGAAACGUGAAAAGUCAGAAAAAUCUGAGCUGGAGAAGGAAGAUAAUCGUGAUCAGGAUAAUACUGUGUCAUACAAGGAUUCGUCAUCUAUACCACCGAUACAUCAGUCAGGAUUCAACCUACAAAACUCUACCACCACUACACCAACAAUCCCAUCGUUAAGCAGAGUAUCAAUCAUUUUAAGCAACAUCAGUCCUAAUAUGGUAGCGAACCAUUCCCCCCAUAUUUUUGCUCCUCCUGUAAACAACAAUAUGGCCGUGCAGAGUCCACGGGGAAAUAUGCCUUAUACAGGGGCAAUGCCCUUGAGUUCUAGAAAACAUCAAAGUAGCUUCGACAUUGGAAAGAUAUCACCAUUCAAGAAUAAUCAGACCUCAUCAUUCCGAUCUCCCGAUGGAAAACCCCAUUCCUGGCAAGCAUACUGGAAUUUUUCUAAGGUUAAUGAUAAAAUGUCUAAGAAGUCAAACUUCAAGUCAAAGAAUCCUCCCAACCACCACAGUGUUUUGAUCAGUCCACAACCCCUGCAGUCAGAAAAGAGUCAUCUACAUGACAAAUCACUUGAGAAAUUACGCACACAGAAAAGGGAGACAACUAUGUUUGAAACAAUGAGACGAGACAAGGAAAUGAUUAGCUUCCCUGAAGUGAGAGGAGCUGAAGCAGCUCCCCAGAAAUCAAAGACAAAGUUACAGUCGAACCAGAGGUCCAAUGUUGCUACCAUACCACAUAUAACAAACAUAGACCCUUUUCCCAGUAGUAGCCAGGUGGAAACUCACAGUUCAGAAAAAAGCAACGAGAGCAACUUACCCUCAGUAUGAUGUCACGACUACUUCCUCCAAAUCUACGUCGGGAGUUGCCUUGACAAAACAAGAGCAAAUAACUCCAGAUAACAGUGAUGACGGUCCUACCCUUAUAGGACCAUCUGUUAGGUUUAUCAAAUUCUAAAAGGUGCUUUCCGAGAGUUAGUCAGAGGAUUGUUAUAUUUUUUUGAGCAUUUAUCAACAAAAGUUUAUCAGGUGAUGACCGUUAUGUACAGGUUGUAGGUUACUGAAGGUCAUAGGUCAGUUAUUGUUAAAUACAAACAAAUCAUUUAUAUCAUUAUAUUCUGGACCAUAAAAAGUUGCACAGCUGUAAGGUACUGUUUGUUUUAAAAAGGCAUCACAUUUGACUGCCAAAUAUAAUUACAGGCAGUUUUAAAUAUUAAAAUUAAGGCAGUCUUGACUUCCCAUUCAAAACAUCAAUUUAACAGUAGUUCUUGAAUGCAUAGUUGAACUAUUUCUAUAGUUGAUUACUGGUAACUAUUGAUAAAAACUUCAAAAGUAAGUCAAAACAUUUCAGUCAAAUUCACAACAUCAGUACAUUAAAUACUGACUAAAUUGUUGUAUUAGUUUUUUCAUCCAAAGUUUAUUUAAACCUUGAUGUAGGUGCAGUAAUGGAUUAAUAUUGAAAACAUUGUUAAAAUAGUUAUACAUGUGUACCUGGCAUUUAAUUAAUGUUUUCCAGUCAUUUCAGAGGUUCUGUCAUUGUGUAACUAGUGUUUGUUUAACCAGUUUUGCAUUUUAUAUUUAUUUUUGCAUUCACUGUCAGUGAGUGAUGUCAUCCGCUUAAAUAUUAAAGUCAUCAUUACAUGAGCCGUGCCAUGGGAAAACCAACAUAGUGGGUGUGCGACCAGCAUGGAUCCAGACCAGCCUGCGCAUCCGCGCAGUCUGGUCAGGAUCCAUGCUGUUCGCUAACAGUUUCUCCAAUUCCAAUAGGCUUUAAAAGCAAACAGCAUGGAGCCUGACCAGACUGCGUGGAUGCGCAGGCUGGUCUGGAUCCAUGCUGGUCGCACACCCACUAUGUUGGUUUUCCCAUGGCACGGCUCAGUCAUGUAUUUGUAUGUGCAGGGUUGGUUGAUAAUGAGCAUAAUACAAAAUAAGAAGCAGUAUUGUAUAAUAUAUUAUGUGCAAUCAGUAGAUUAUGUAUCAUCUGUGAUAAUACAUGUAGAAAGUGCUAAACUAAUACAAGAGGGCACCAUUGACCAAAGUGGUACACACACUAUUAGUAUUUCUCUUCCAAAUUAUGUUUUUGGUCACCAUUCCAAAUAAUAAACCUACAUUUUUGGCAACCUUGAGGUUUCUAUAUCAUAUGUGGGAGUUGAUUUAGUAUGUCUUUCAAAAAUGACAAAAUUUGAAUCCAGUGGUAAAUGUCAAAUAAGAUAAUCUAUAAAAUAUUGAACCAGAAAAUGUAAUUUUUACAUGCAGUACAUGUAUUAUAUUAGUGUAAUUUUGUUCUUAAUAUGUAUGUUAUUUAUUCUUCUUUGCCAGUGUUGUGAUUUGUGAAUAAGCCUUUUAAAGUGCUGAAAAUUGACAUCUGAAACUUUUUUUUCAUCAUUUCGAAAUUAAUAAGGAAUUUGCUUCUCAUGAAAAAAUAUUUUUAUAAGUUUAUCACUUUGAAUGGAGACCAAGAACAUGCUAUUAUAUGCCUGUCAAUUAAUGUAGAAGUUAUUCAUAAUAUAAGAUAUUUGUUUCUGUUACUGAAAUCAAGAAUUGUUACCUUGUUAUUUUCAACAGUAUUUUACUAUCUUCUUCACCACUAAUUUGUGAUUAUUAAUGGUCAUUUGACUUGGUAACGUCACUGGAGGAGAGGUUUGUAAACAAGAGGUAGCCAGAGCUGUCAAGAUUUGAUAGUGGAGGACAUCCCUAAACAAGGGCAAGGACCUAGAUUUACCUUCCAUUUCACAGACUUGACGUACAGUUCUAUUACUUGACUAGACUGGCUACCGACUAGAUUAACUUUUUCAUUUCUUUUAAAAUUGCGUACGAAGAAGAAGAAGAAGAAUUUCUUUUAAAAUCAUUUCUCUUAUGAAUUCUGAUCGAUUGUUUUGAGAAGAAAAGAGACAUAAUUACACAAAAUUUGAAUAGCCUCAGGAGUUAUCUCCUGUGAACAAAACAUUAGGUCUGAACACUGACUAUUACCAGACCAUAGCCACAGUUUGGUGCUGAUGACUGUUAGAUACAGUAGAAAAUUACAAGGUUAUGAUUCUCAUUCUGGCUGAAGGAAAAUUGAAGCAAUUUGAGCCGUGCCAUGAGAAAACCAACAUAGUGGGUUUGCGACCAGCAUGGAUCCAGACCAGCCUGCGCAUCCGCGCAGUCUGGUCAGGCUCCAUGCUGUUCGCUUUUAAAGCCUAUUGGAAUUGGAGAAACUGUUAGCGAACAGCAUGGAUCCUGACCAGACUGCGCGGAUGCGCAGGCUGGUCUGGAUCCAUGCUGGUCGCAUACCCACUAUGUUGGUUUUCCCAUGGCACGGCUCAUUUAUUUUUAAUUAGCCUUAACAUUAGCCAUAUCAAUGUCACAUUUUGUGUUUUGUAAUGGCUGGGAUGCAGGGGCAAACAUUUAUAUAAAUAAAUAUAAAUGUUUUUAGGUAACCAGUUAGCAUGGAGUUGCUGGAGUGAUUUUGUGAAACUGGAUUUGAAACAAUGAACUUUGGGAUUGAAAUAGUUGUAAAAACUAUAUAAACAUCAUGGUGCCUUCAGAACUAGUAUGUGAUAUUUGUAAAUACAUUUAUGAUGGCCAUUAAUUGUUGUGUACAAGUUCAAAUGUUGCAAAGGAUAAAUAGUAACAACUUUCUAGCAUACUUUAAUAUGACAAAUAAAAAGUGAAGACUGAUUUUAGCUGUUAUAGCUGCUAUGAAAAUAUUGCAUGUCAACUGAGAGAUAAAUAUUGAUGAAGAAGAAUUUGUAUUAAUUAAGUAGGAAACAAUUUGUCAUGAUUUUAUCAGUUAGUUAAAGUUUUUCUUUCUAGGUGACAGUAUAUUGUUUUAGACAAUCUUCCUGUGGCCAAACAAGGAUAAAAUAUGGUGGUUUAAAACUUCACAUAUCUUUCAAAAAAGUUUUCUUUCUUUUCUAAAAACAAAAGCACAGAAGGAAGAAUUGAGCACUUAAAAUUUAGUAAAGUGUAUAAGUAUUUCCUCGUCUUUAUUGCAACAGAUAUUAUUGUUUUUGGAGUAGUUGCUACAUUUUAUCCAAAAGAACAUUUUGGUUAAGUUAGACAGAAUACAUGUACAAUGGUAUAUCUUAUAUACAACAUUGUAUAUUGUAUGUAUUUAACACUAGAUAUAUUACGUUUGUAUUCACUUUUAAAUACUCAGAAACAGAUCAUUCAAUUAAGUGCCAAAAAUAGGGUAAAUUAAUACUAUAUCACUGAUACAGUACAACUAAGGGGUGUUAUACUUUUGGGUAUUUCUAAUAUGUACAGUGUCCUACACUGUUCUAACAUACACAGUGUCAUACACUGUUUUAGUGGUGAGUACAGUCAAGAAGUAGAGUUAUAUUUUGACAUUAGACCUAGUAUCUUUCAAAGAAUUGAUUGUAAUUUUUAGCUUGACUAUUCGAAGAAUAAGUAGAGCUAUCCUACUCACCACGGCGUCGGCGUCACACCUUGGUUAAGUUUUUCGUACCAGUCCACAUUUUGACAAAGUCUUUUGAGAUAAAGCUUUGAAACUUUCAACACUUGUUUACCAUCAUCAUGGCCAGUUAUAGGCAAGAGCACAUAACUGCAUCAAGGAUUUUGGCUGAAUUAUGGCCCCUUUUGACUUAGAAAUCAUGGUUAAGUUUUUCGUACCAGUUCAUAUUUUGACAAAGGCUUUUAAGAUAAAACUUUGAAACUUUCAACACUUGUUUACCAUCAUCAUGACCAGUUAUAGGCAAGAGCACAUAACUCCAUAAGGGGUUUUGGCUGAAUUAUGGCCCCUUUUGACUUAGAAAUCAUGGUUAAGUUUUUCAUGCCAGUUCAUACUUUGACAAAGUCUUUUAAGAUAAAGCUUUGAAACUUUCAACACUUGUUUACCAUCACCAUGGCCAGUUAUAGGCAAGAGUACAUAACUCCAUCAAGGAUUUUGGCUGAAUUAUGGCCCCUUUCGACUUAGAAAUCUUGGUAAAUAUUUCGUACCAGUUCAUAUUUUGACAAAGUCUUUUGAGAUAAAGCUUUGAAACUUUCACCACCUGUUUACCAUCACCAUGUCCAGUUAUAGGCAAGAGUACAUAACUCCAUCAAGGAUUUUGGCUGAAUUAUGACCCCUUUUGACUUAGAAAUCUUGGUUAAGUUUUUCGUACCAGUUCAUAUUUUUUGUAAAGUGUUUGACAUAUGGCUUUGAAACUUUUAUCGCUUGUUUAGUAUAAUAGUCUCUAUCUGUAGGAAAGAGAAAAUAACUCUGUCAUCUAUUUUGGCUGAAUUAUGGCCCUUUUUGGACUUUGGUUCUGUUUUCAUACAAGUCCAAUGUUUUGUCAAAACUAUUUGACAUAUGGCUUUUAAACUUUGAACACUUGUUUAUCAUUAUGAUUUCCAUCUGUAGGCAAGAGUACAUAACUAUUUUGACUGAAUUAUGGCCCUUUUUGGACUUUGAAAUUGCCUCAUAUAUUGCCAUUUAGUGCAAGACUUACCGAAAGCAAAGUAAUACAGGAACAUUGUUUGUCUAAUCUAUUUAUUUCUUUUGUCUGAAUAUCCGUGGAAAUAUUUUGACCCCAUUCUUCAAUCAAUUCUUCGAAUAGUCGAGUGCGCUGUCAUCAGACAGCUCUUGUUUUGGUUGUGGUUGACAGCUAUACUCAUAUUGAAAAUUUCAGGUUGGUUGAAAAAAAAUGGAUAAAAAUAUUGAAGGUUUCCCAUAUCUGUAAUGUUAAAAGAGUUUUCAUUGAUAUCAGAUACUCAUUUCAGUAAUAAAAAAAUGGCAAACUAUGGCAUGCAGUUUGAUAAAACAGUAUUUCUUGGUGAGAGAAAACUUUGAAUUUACUCCAUUUAGAGACUUUCAGUUUUUAGACCGUUUUGGGGCAAAAGUGAACCCUGCAGGCGUGUUCAUCAGUGAAAAAGAAAAACCUACUGAAUGAUAGAUGAAAACAGUUCUUGUCUUGUAUAUAUACAAAUUCACGAUAUAUUUAUUUAAAAAAAAUACAUUACAAUGUACAUAAAUUAUACUCCAAAUAUAUCUUGUUAAUCAGUCCGUCUUUUCUUAGACCUAAACUUUAUUCCUCCAUAUCUUUUAGUGGAGCUUUCAAGUUUCUGUUUUGAAUUAGGGUAUAUGGAUUUAAAGGGUAGUGUUUAAUUUUGAUUCCAUCUUGAAUUUACUUAUUUAAAAGUGUACAAGUUUAUUAUUUCAUCCAAACUUGCUGCAGUAUUUAGUUGCAGUUUAUUAAUCCCCCGCCAUGAGUGGUGGGGGGUUAUAGGAAUGGUCUCCGUCCUCCCAUCCGUCCGUAACUCUGUAUCUCCUAAACCCCUUGAAGGAUUUUUAUGAAACUUUGGUCAAAUUAUCACCUCAUCAGGACGAUAUGCAGAACUCAUGAGUCAACCAUGUUGGCUCAAGGUCAAGAUCACAACUCGAGGUCAAAGGUUUGAGGACUAUAAAAUAUACUUAACAACGUCAUUCCUUCCACCCAAUACCAUCAACUCUUUCACUAUCCAUAACAGCGGCAGGGGCUAUAGCUGUCAUUCAGACUGCCUUGUUACAUUAUAAACAAUAAAGGUAAUGAAUUCAACAAGGACAGAGAAUGUAGUUGGAUACAGUUUAAAGAUGAAAUAGAAACUAGAGGAUAGUUCUGUACAUGUAUGGCAGCAAACAUUGAUGUUAAAUGUUACACUUUAAAAAAUAUACACAGUUACAGUGUUACACUUACGUAUCAUAUCGUCAGACAUUUUUCUAGAAAGUCAGAUAAUAUUAUGUGAGGGAGAUAGGAGAUUGGGUCAGGGUAAGACAGUGAAUAUGCCAAAACUGAAAAGUAUGUUACAUGGAUUUUGCUAUUUAAAACAUUUGUCAAAUAUUUAUUUUUACAUUCUGAAUGUAUUUGUAAAUAAAUUGUUUAUCUUGUUGUUAAUCUGCUUCUAAUAACUCAUCUAAAUCUAAAUUGAAUUAUUUUUAAGAAUAAGUGAACUGGCACUUGGAACCAUGUUCUGUCUUUUUGGGGCCUCACCUGGUCUCUGUUAACAGCAAUAAAUUCAACAUCAGUUGAAGAAAGUUGCAUGUUUCUUUUGUUUUGUUUUUUUGUUGUUUUUUUUUUAAAUAUAAAACUUUAAUAAUAUUUUAGUUGGUAAGAUCCUGGCCUUAUAUAUUCGUAAAGGAAGAUAAAAUCUGGUGAUUUGGGGUUCUCAAGUGGUACUGAAACAUUGGUACAAAAAUAGAUUGAAACUUGAAACUUAUAAAAAAAUCAAGUGGCUAUUGUUGUUCUAAAAACAAUUAGGGGAAUCCAAUUGUUAAGAGGAAUAUAAUAUUGUUUAGAUAUAUUUCCUGUUUAUUUUCAGAUACUGAGUUAUAUUUUCUGUUAAUUUGUAUAUUUGUUGUUCAUAAAUUUUUGUAAAUGUUUGAAUGCUAAAAUUUCAACAGAAUGUAUCAUAAUUAUUGUUAUAUUGUCAAUAGACAUUUAUGAAGCAUUCAAUAA